UAUAAGUGUAACCGUAAAAAAAUAUUUGAAUAAGUUGAUUUCGGAAUAGCUUAAGGAAAAAAAUCAUAAAGUUCAGAUCGUGAAAAAUUAGUAAUUUUACAGAAUUAAGGCAGUCAAGUGGUUAAAAAGUAAUUAAAUUAUUUUAAUAGCGUCAAGUGAAUUAGAGAAAGCCUUUCAUAUUGAAUAUAAGUGUUAAAUUGACAAAUAAAUCUGCAAAAAUCGGAAAAUGAGUGUAAUUGGAAUUGAUUUUGGAAACGAAUCAUGUUAUGUUGCUGUAGCCAAAUCAGGAGGUAUCGAGACCAUCGCAAAUGAUUACAGUUUAAGAGCAACACCAUCAUGUGUCGCAUUCACCGGCAACAACCGAACGCUAGGCGUAGCGGCAAAAAAUCAGCAAGUAACAAAUAUGAAGAACACAAUAUGUGGUUUUAAGCACUUGCUAGGAAGGAAGUUCAAAGAUCCAGUUGUUCAGCAAGAAAUAAAACAUAUUCCGUAUCGAGUUGAAGAGCGUCCUGAUGGAGGCGUUGGAAUCUGUGCAAGUUAUAUGGAUGAGGAACAGAGCUUUACACCUGAACAAAUUACGGCCAUGCUCUUUACGAAGCUCAAAACUGAUGCGGCUGUUGCUUUACAAGCACAAAUUUAUGACUGUGUCAUAACUGUUCCAUCAUACUUUACUAAUGCUGAACGAAAAGCUUUACUUGAUGCUGCUGGAAUCGCUGGGCUCAAUUGUCUAAGAUUAAUGAAUGAGACAACUUCGACUGCAUUAAGCUAUGGAUUCUAUAGGCAAGAUUUGCCAAAUCCAGACGAAAAGCCACGAAAUGUCGUCUUUGUUGAUUUCGGGCAAAGUGCUAUUCAAGUUUCUGCUUGUGCUUUUAGUAAAGGCAAAUUAAAGAUGUUAGCAUCUACAUCAGAUCUUGUUGGUGGACGUGACUUUGAUACUGCAUUGGCUAAUCAUUUUAGUAAUGAAUUUGUCACUAAAUACAAGAUUGAUCCACGAACGAAUAAAAAGGCAUAUCUGCGUCUUUUGACAGAAUCUGAAAAGCUUAAGAAACAAAUGAGCGCCAAUAGCACUAAAUUGCCAUUAGGUAUUGAAUGCUUCAUGAACGAUACGGAUGUUUCAUCCUCAAUUCAACGUACUGUCAUGGAAGAGAUCUGUGCAAGUCUAUUACAACGUGUUGAAAAUUGUAUGAGACGAUGCCUUGAAGAUUCAAAAUUGGCUUUAGAGGAUAUCCAUGUCGUUGAAAUUGUAGGUGGAUCGAGUAGAAUUCCAGCAGUUAAGCAACUUAUAGAGCAAAUUUUUGGUAAAACUCCAAGUACACAAUUGAAUCAAGACGAAGCUGUUUCAAGAGGCGGUGCAUUGCAAUGCGCUAUUUUGUCACCAGCUGUUCGCGUUCGCGAUUUUAGUGUUACUGAUAUCCAACCUUAUUCCGUGAUGCUUGCAUUUGACAACGAAAAUGGUCAGAGGACUGACAUGGAAGUUUUUCCAGCACAUCACGCUGCUCCAUUUAGUCGCUUAUUGACUAUGUAUCGUCGCGAACCAUUUGCUAUCACUCUCUACUAUGCUAAUCCAUCACCUUGCCUUGAUCCUUUCAUUGGUGAAUGGCAAGUAAAGGAUGUUAAGCCAUCUGCUAAUGGAGAAGCUCAAGAAGUAAAAGUCAAAGUUAGGAUCAAUCACAAUGGAUUGUUGCUUGUUGCCAGCGCUCAAAUGGUUGAGAAAAAGGAAGUCCAAGAUGCUGAACAGAACGGUGCAAAUGAAGGCGACGCAAUGCAAACAAAUGCUCAACCAUCUCCAACUGAGCCGAAUCCACAAGAAGGACAGCAAACUAAUGAAGCAAUGGACACAACAUCAGUUGAUGGUGCUAGCAGUGAAGACGAAAUUAAAAGUCCCACAAAAGAGCACGAAAAAACAGGGUGGACGCACCGUAUCAGCAGAUGGUUCUCUUCGGAUGACAAGAAAAAGAAGAAGCUUUCCAAUAAAAUCGUUGAAUUGUCCAUCAAUUCCCGUACUCAUGGCUACUCGCAAACCGAGUUUGAUAAGUUCUUUGAACUUGAGGGCAAAAUGAUCAGCAAUGAUCGUCAAGAAAAGGAACGAGUUGACGCAAGGAAUGCAUUAGAAGAAUUCGUUUAUGAUAUUCGUGGAAAAAUACAGGAAGGUGGAAAUCUUUAUGAAUACGUUGCUGAUGAUAUUCGCGAUCAAAUCUGUAUUCAAUUAGAUGAUGUAGAAAAUUGGUUGUACGAAGAUGGCGAGUGCUGUGAACGCGAAGUCUAUAAGAAUCGUCUAAGUGAUUUGCAUCAAAAAACUGACCCAAUAAAAGUACGACAUGAUGAAUAUGAAGGACAUCCACAAGCAUUCAACGAUCUCGGUCAUGCUAUUCAAAUGGCUUAUAAAGCAGUUGAAUUAUAUCGUAAAGGCGAGCCCAAAUAUGAUCAUUUAACUGAAACUGAAAUACUUAAUAUCAGUGAACAAGCUGACAAAACCCAAAAAUGGUUUGAUGAUGCACGAGGAAAGUUGAAUAGUGUAAAGAAAAUACAAGAUGCGCCUGUUAAAGUCGCGGAUAUUCGACACGAAUAUCAAACAUUAACAACAUGCGUUAAUUCUGUAUUAAAUCGACCAAAACCUAAACCACCUACGCCACCACCAACAACAAAGGCUGAAAAUAAUCAAAAUGGUGCAAAUGAACAGAAUCAAGAACAACAACAACAGCCAACACAAAGUUCGGAUCAAAAAGAAUUGAAGGAUGACAGUAUGGAUGUAGAAUAAAUGAAUUUUUUUCAUCUAGGAUACAAAAAAAGCAAAAAAUUUGUUUAGCGCAAAUGAAAUAAUUUUUUAAACUGGACAGAAUGAGAAGAGAAAAAAAAGCAAGAACUUUAAUCAUAAAGAAAUAAUAAUUAAUAGACGUUUAUGACCUUUUCUACUCAUCGAUUUCUUGAUAAUAAUCGUUAAAUAUAUUCCUUUUCACACACACACUAUCGCGUAAAACUAAUUAAUUAUUAUAUUUUCUAAUACCUAAGCUGCUUCGGAGCCUACAGACAGAUCGAUGAGAAAAAAAAUUCAUUUGAAAUAUUUUAGCCUGAAUAAUGAAAUUGAAACUUUAUAUUUAAAAAAUAAUAGAGGUGUAAUUAAACUGGGGAUAAAACAAUUAAUAUGAAAACAAUUUCUGCCAUCUCUCAAGUAUCAAUAAGUGGAUAUCCACCACAUAUAACUAAAUUGGACUCUCGAUGAUAACAUUAAAUGCGAAACAAAAAAAAAUCUUCAUUAAAUAAUUCAGAUAGUAUCAGAAUUGAUUCUUUUUUCACGCUUCUUAUUUAAUUAUUGUUUUUUGGGAAUAUCAGAAAAAUGUAGCAUAUACCUUCGCAUCUCAUAUUCAUUUUUUUGUAUCUUUUUCACUCAUACAGAAACUUUUCGACAAUACAUUUCAAGCUCAGUGGUGUUUAAAGUGCUUUUCUCGAAAGGAUGCUUUUGUAAUUAUUAAAGCAUUUUGUUUGCUGUUGGCUAUAUCUUUUGAAGGAGUAAUCGAUUUGUAGUUGAUUCUGAAGAAAGUUCAGAUCUAUAUUUGAAUUCGAUUUAAGUUAAUCAAUUUUCAAAUUUGAAAUUUCCGUUGGUCAAUUUUUUGAGUAUUUUAGUUCAAGACGCCUGUUCAAAUGCUUUUAUUUUAUCUUGAGUAGUUUGACAGGAUUUAUCAACAAUUUCGUCACCUUAUUUCUCUAAGGAGUAUUGCAAAAACUAACAUUAACAUCAAAAAGGUUUUUCUAUUUAUGCCAAAAAUAAAUAGCGAACAGCACCACUGACUUCAAAUUGUAAAACUCUUUCCGUGAAAAACUUUAAAGUGAUGAGUUAAAUCUAUUGUGAAAAUUCUUAAAUAAAAAAUUGUCAUUCCAGGAAAAAUGAGAAAAUUUGAAUUGAUGUAAACUAAAACCUUAAAAAAACUAUUUGAUGAAAAGCAUUUAUUUAUUCAGCCUUCAGAAAAUCAACUUUUCAGCGUCACCUUAGUCAGCGAAAUAUAAAGGAAAUAAAAACCCCUUUUGAAUUGAUUUGAUAAUUUAUAUCCUUUCCUGUUGUUUAUGUAAUAUAAAUGAAAUGAAAAUCACACAAGAAAAAAUUGUUUAUGUAACCUUAAAUUAAAGAAUAUAUUAAAAAAGAAGAGAAUAAAAGUGCGAAGGAAGUAUUAAGCAAAAAAAGAA